AUGGCUAAUACGGUCUUCAUACCCAUGCACUACAAGUGGCUGCGCCAUGAGGAGCCGUCGCAGCAUAAUAUCCUCCACUUCUUCGCGAACUGGGAGCUGUGCAAUGUCGCCUCCGCAAUGGCCAUGGGUGUCUUGACAGACAACCAGACGGUGUGGGACUUUGCGGUGGAGUACUUCAAGGAAGGAGAGGGGACCGGUUCCAUUCAUAAUGCGAUCACGGAUAUUGUUGAGGAGCCUGGCACAGGGGCGCCGCUAGGCCAGGGCCAGGAGGCAGGUCGCGACCAGGGCCAUUCAGCGCUGGAUGUCCAGUUACUGGCGGUGGUGGGGCAGCAGGCAUGGAACCAGGGGGAGGAUCUGUUUGCGUUGAAUGACAGUCGUAUCCUGAGGGGGGCUGAGUACUGGGCAAGGUAUAACCUCGGCCACGACGACCCCUUCGUGCCCUACUCCAACGGCAUCGUCAGCUUCACCGAACUCAGCAGUGCGUCGCGCGGCGCCAUGCGGCCGACCUGGGAGCUGCUGUAUAACCACUACGUGACGAUCAAGGGGAUGGAUGCGCCCUGGACGACCAAGUUCCUCAACGAGUCUCUGAACUAUUAUGGCGGUGCGGAGGGGGGCGCAGGGUCCUGGGGCGAGGGCUCAGGGCAUUACGAUGGGCUUGGCUGGGGAUCGUUGCUGCACCGUCUGGACAGGGAGGAUGUCGCAGCUCAAGGCUCGGGGGCAAACACACUGAUUGCUUCUCCAAAUGAUAAAGCGACCUCGAAGCUACCACAGAGUACACCUGAUGCAAGUCGCGCGGGAUCCUCUGGCGCAAACUCAACUUCAAUGUCGACGAGUGUCGCUAGCAGCACUCCUACACCUCUGUCUUCUCCUUCUUCGCCUUUGCCCGGAACGAGUACUCCUGCAUCUACUCCAGACUCCCAACCAACCCCGUGUCCUCCUGAAGCCGGCCAGAAGCCCAGUCAUCGAGCACACCGCCAUUCCCACCAUGGGCGUAAACAUGGACGAUGCCAUGCGCCAUAA